AAUCAGACGGCCCGUUUCUCUGUGAUUGAUUUGCUCUCAGCGAAUCACAGGCUUUGUUUUGGCUAACCGCUAUCUGACCCAGGCUAGGCGGCUGUACCUAAACUUCCAUCAACAUUAAGCUAACGGAAACAAAGCCCCGUCACCCCAGAGGACUGUGUCAAAAUGCCUCAGACCAACAAGUCAGCGUGUGGUUGCAGUAUGCCAGGACAGGUAUCUGCUCCAGACCAGGGCGAGCCGCCGCCGCCACAGGAUGUCAGGACCCAGGUGGCUGCUGGAGACGGAGGUGGAGGAGUCGCUGCAGAAGACCAGGGAGACCCAGAGAUCGUCAAAUCACCCAGUGACCCGAAGAAAUACAGGUACAUCGAGCUGAGUAACGGCCUCCGAGCGCUCCUCAUCUCCGACUUCAGCGGGGCAGACGGGAAGGGAGGCAGUGAAAAUGGAGACGACAGGGGGGAGACAGAGGACGGGGAGGAGGAGGAGGAAGAGGAGGAGGGUGAGGAAGAGGGUGACUCUGGUGAGGGAUCGGAGGAGGACGAGGAGGAAGACGAGGAGGAAGAGCAGGACAGCGACUUUGAUGAGCUGGACGAGGAGGACGCCAGGAAGACGAAGAGAGGCUGCUCUGAGAAGCAGGCGGCAGCUGCUCUGUGCAUCAGUGUCGGGAGCUUCAGUGACCCGGACGACCUGCCCGGCCUCGCCCACUUCCUGGAACACAUGGUGUUUAUGGGCAGUGAGAAAUACCCAGCGGAGAACGGCUUUGACGCCUUCCUGAAGAAGCACGGCGGAAGCGACAACGCCUCCACCGACUGCGAGAGAACCAUCUUCCAGUUCGACGUGCAGAGGAAGUAUUUCAGAGAGGCGCUCGACAGGUGGGCUCAGUUCUUCGUCUGUCCUCUGAUGAUCGAAGAUGCCAUCGACAGAGAGGUGGAGGCUGUGGACAGCGAGUACCAGUUAGCGAGGCCGUCUGACUCGCAUCGUAAGGAGAUGCUGUUUGGGAGUCUGGCUAAACCAGGACACCCUAUGAGCAAAUUCUGCUGGGGUAACGCUCAGACAUUAAAGCACGAGCCCAGAGAGAAAGAGAUCAACACCUACCAGCGGCUCAGAGACUUCUGGAGGAGAUAUUACUCUGCUCAUUACAUGACGCUCGCCGUUCAGUCCAAAGAGACUCUGGAUACUCUGGAGCAGUGGGUGAGAGAGAUCUUCAUCAAAGUUCCCAACAACAAUGAACCUCGAGCCGACUUCUCUCACCUCCAGCAGCCGUUUGACACGCCAGCCUUCAACAAACUCUACAGAGUGGUUCCUGUGAGGAAGGUUCACGCUCUGACCAUCAGCUGGGCCGUACCGCCGCAGGGGAAACACUACAGAGUGAAGCCUCUUCAUUACAUCUCCUGGCUGAUCGGACACGAAGGAACCGGCAGCAUCCUGUCGCAGCUCAGGAAGAAGUGCUGGGCUCUGGCUCUGUUUGGAGGAAACAGUGAGACGGGUUUCGACCAGAACACCACCUACUCCAUCUUCUCCAUCUCCAUCACUCUUACCGACCAGGGCUACCAGAACUUCUACCAGGUGGUCCAUUUUGUGUUCCAGUACCUGAAGAUGCUCCAGACUCUGGGCCCCCAGCAGAGGAUCUACGAGGAAAUUCAGAAGAUAGAAGCCAACGAGUUCCACUAUCAGGAGCAGACGGAUCCCAUCGAGUUUGUGGAGAACAUCUGUGAGAACAUGCAGUUGUUUCCUAAAGAGGACUUCCUGACCGGAGACCAGCUCAUGUUUGAGUACGACCCGCAGGUGAUCAGUGCUGCUCUGUCCCUGCUGACUCCCGACAGAGCGAACCUGCUGCUGCUGUCACCCGAGAACGAAGGUCACUGUCCACUCAGAGAAAAAUGGUUCGGUACCUGCUACAGCAUGGAGGACGUCUCAGAGGAGUGGGGUCGGCGCUGGGCAGGAGACUUCGAACUCAACCCCGAACUCCACCUUCCUGCUGAGAACAGAUUCAUCGCGACUGAUUUCACCCUGAAGAUGCCCGACUGCCCCGACUCUGAGUUUCCUGUCAGGACAGUCAACAACGAGCGCGGCAGUCUGUGGUACAAGAAGGACAACAAGUUCAAGAUCCCGAAAGCUUAUAUUCGUUUCAACCUGAUCUCCCCGGUGAUUCAGAAGAGUCCUGAGAACCUGGUUCUGUUCGACCUCUUCGUGAACAUCCUGGCUCACAACCUGGCAGAGCCGGCCUACGAGGCCGACGUGGCUCAGCUGGAGUACAAGCUGGUGGCCGGAGAGCACGGCCUGGUGAUCCGCCUGAAAGGCUUCAACCACAAACUGCCGCUGCUGUUGAAGCUGAUCGUGGAUCAUCUGGCAGAGUUCAGCGCCGAGCCGGGCGUCUUCGCCAUGUUCUCCGAGCAGCUGAAGAAGACCUACUUCAACAUCCUCAUCAAACCCGAGAGACUCGGCAAGGACGUCCGUCUGCUGAUCCUGGAGCACUGCCGCUGGUCGGUCAUUCAGAAGUAUCAGGCCGUCACGAAGGGUCUGACCGUCGAUGACCUCAUGACCUUCGUCACCGAGCUGAAGGCGGAGCUGUACGCUGAAGGGCUGGUGCAGGGAAACUUCACCAGCACGGAGUCCAAGGAGUUUCUGCAGUACUUCAUCGAUAAGCUGCAGUUCCGGCCUCUGUCAGCAGAGGUCCCCGUGUUGUUCCGGGUGGUGGAGCUGCCGCAGAAACAGCAUCUCUGUAAAGUCAAAUCUCUCAACAAAGGAGACGCCAACUCCGAGGUCACCGUGUACUACCAGUCGGGGCUGAAGAACCUCAGAGAGCACGCGCUGAUGGAGCUGAUGGUGAUGCACAUGGAGGAGCCCUGCUUCGACUUCCUCAGGACGAAGGAGACACUCGGGUACCAGGUGUACCCGACCUGCAGGAACACCUCAGGGGUGCUGGGAUUCUCCGUCACCGUGGAAACACAGGCCACCAAGUUCAGCACGGAGUUCGUCGAGGCGAAGAUCGAGGAGUUCCUGGUCUGCUUUGGCGAGCGUUUGUCGGGUCUGAGCGAGGAGGCCUUUAGGACCCAGGUGACGGCUCUCAUCAAGCUGAAGGAGUGCGAGGACGCCCACCUGGGAGAGGAAGUGGACCGCAACUGGUUCGAGGUCGUCACACAGCAGUACGUCUUCAAACGGCUCAACAAGGAGAUCGAGGCUCUGAAGCUCUUCACUCAGGAGGAGCUGGUCUCCUGGUUCCUGGAGCACAGAAACAGCAGCAGCAGGAAGCUCAGCGUACAUGUGGUUGGUUUCGGGGUGGAGGAGAACGACCCCCCAGAACAGAGCGCCGCCUGCUGCCCGGACAACCCCCCCACCUCCUCGGCCUACGGCGAAGUGAGCGAGCUGACCUUCCUGCCGCCCUCCUCGCCGUCCCUCCGGGACGCCACGCUCAUCGCCGACAUCAGAGCGUUCACCUCCUCCCUCCCGCUCCACCCCUACCACAAAAUCCUCAGCUAGGUCGCUCUCGCUGCAGACCGGCGGGACGGGAACUCCUCACCGUCUCUGUUGGAGAUAAUAAAGUAACCAUGGAAACAGCUAGCGUUGGUGUGUGAUCAAAGCGGACGGACAGAAACUGAGGAUGUGGUUGUUAUUUUGUUUUGUGCGAGUGGUUGUAAUAAUGCUGCAUUCACAUCCUGGGGGGUGGGGGCAAACCUGGGCCCGUGUUUAUCGAGCAUCUCCCGAUCGCUCCCGGGGAUCCUGCUGAAAGUUGCGCUUUGAAAUAAUAUGCAGAAAAAUUCAAAAUGGAGAAAAUAACAGCACUUUUAUAUGUAGCAUAAAAGCGUCACGUGUCCAAUAUAUAUAUAUAUAUAUAUAUAUGCAAAAGCAUUUGGCUCAGACCUUAUAAUGACUGUUACCAGUAAGCAAACGCUGGCGUAUAAACAAUUUAAACUCAUAGGCUGGAUCACUGGAUUCAGCCCCGUCCAAUCACAUCGUUCCACGCUGCAUUUAUCUCCUCGUCCACAAUGCAACUCACCUUCAACUACACCUUGUGCGCCCUUCACAGGUGGGGACAAUGAUUUUAUAACCGGUAACAACGUCAACGUCUCCCUCAAAUAUAGCUGCACCAUCAGUCUAUUUAAACAAAUUAAUGAAUUAUUAAAUAAACGAACCCACGAUCCAUAACUUCACGCUGAGUGUCGGCAGCUUCAGUCCCGAUGCGUUCAGGCACAGUACUGAGUGUAGGUCACGUGUGUUUUGGCAGCACGAUCACUGUAGUUACACAAGUAAACAGAUUUGAAGCGUAAAAAAAAAAUAAAAAAUCACAUUUUGGGUCGCGGUUACGCAGCCAAACCGAUAUUAAUAUUUAAAAAUCUUACGGACGACGGAAAAACGCGGCUGAAUCACCUCCCGCGAAGCUGUAAGAGCGAUCAGUUUGAUUUAUUACAGCAGAAACAAAAUAGUUGGCGACCAAUCGUUGCAGCUCUAGUGGCUCUCAAGGGUCAGUCAAAGUUUUACAUUUUUGCCAAAACGAUCUUUUAACAAGUUCAGAGUGUAGACGCCGAUGCCUGCUCCUCUGAACGUCAGCACAGACAGGAAUCACGUUAAGGAAGCUGAUCAAUUUAUUUUACUUCCAGGUUUCUUCUGAGACGCUCGAUGAAUACGGCCCCGAGCUUCUUACCGAUACACGACGAUUAACACGGCUAGAAAACUGUCGGGAAUUUGAGUUUGUGACAACAUCAAGGAAAACAGUUGACUGUAAAAGGAAUAAUACGGUUGUUACCGUCACAACCGGGAGUACAGAAAACUACAAUCAUGGCGUCCGAUUGUUUUACCGUGUUGCUUUUAACUGUGAAAUCAUGUGUGCGACUAUUCCCAGGUUAAGUGAAUGCAGCGUGAUGACUCAGGGCUCUGGUCUGUUGUGAAAGACGACAAGAAGGGCAGAACUAACAUUUUAAUGCCACUUCAGCCAGCAUCACUGCGAACGCAGCAGCUACGUAUCGCGUUUGCAGAUACAUGUUCACACUGUAAUAAUGCUCGAUGUGUAUGAAGAAUUAAAUGUAUACUAAACUAUCUGGUGGCCAGUGAUACAAAAGAAAAUCUGACAUGUUUUAACUCAGAAUGUACUGCAGUAGUUUGGAGGCUGGAGUGUGCCACCAAAAUCCAUUUUCAAUUAAUUAAAUUUGCAUUUAAUAAAAAAAAAAAGUACCAUGAUUAAAUACUUCAUUAAAUGUUUCGGUUAAGAGUUUGAUUAUUCUGUCUUUGAAUCAUAAUAAUAAUAAAAUAAUGAUAAAGUGUU